UCCUUUUCACCUCUUCUCCCCGCCCCGUGCCAAGAUGGCGGCAGAAGCAGCUGGUGGGAAGUACAGGAGCACAGUCAGCAAAAGCAAAGACCCCUCGGGGCUGCUCAUCUCCGUGAUCAGGACUCUAUCUACGAGUGAUGAUGUGGAAGACAGAGAAAAUGAAAAGGGUCGUCUGGAAGAAGCCUAUGAAAAGUGUGACCGUGACCUGGAUGAGCUGAUUGUCCAGCACUACACCGAGCUCACGACUGCCAUCCGCACCUAUCAGAGCAUCACGGAACGCAUCACUAACUCUCGAAAUAAAAUCAAGCAGGUCAAGGAAAAUCUGCUUUCCUGCAAGAUGUUGUUGCAUUGCAAACGGGAUGAACUCCGGAAGUUGUGGAUUGAAGGUAUUGAGCACAAGCAUGUCCUAAAUCUGCUGGAUGAAAUUGAGAAUAUCAAGCAAGUGCCUCAAAAACUGGAACAGUGCAUGGCCAGCAAGCACUAUCUCAAUGCCACGGACAUGCUGGUGUCAGCAGUAGAUUCUUUAGAGGGCCCUCUCCUUCAGGUAGAGGGGCUGAGUGACCUGAGACUGGAGCUUCACAGCAAAAAGAUGAACCUUCACCUGGUUCUCAUAGAUGAGUUGCACCGACACCUGUACAUCAAAUCAACUAGCCGCGUUGGACAGCGGAAUAAGGAAAAAGGAAGAAUGAGCUCUCUUGUGAAAGAUUCUUCCCCAGUCCCCCUGAUCGAUGUCACAAACAUGCCUACCCCUCGAAAGUUUCUCGACGCUUCUCAGUUUGGUACUCCUGGAAGCUCAACUGUCAGAGAAAUGAACCUGCAGGACAUCAAAGAAGAUUUGGAGCUGGAUCCAGAAGAGAAGAGUAACCUCUUUAUGGGCAUUCUCAUCAAGGGGCUAGCCAAACUGAGGAAGAUUCCAGAAACAGUUAAAGCCAUCAAGGAACGCCUGGAACAAGAGCUAAAGCAAAUUGUUAAGAGGUCCACGACUCAGGUAGCAGACAAUGGCUACCAGAGAGGUGAGAACCUCUCUUUGGAGAACCAACCAAGAUUGCUUCUGGAGCUUCUGGAGCUUCUGUUCGACAAAUUCAAUGCUGUGGCUGCUGCACACUCGGUGGUCCUGGGAUACCUCCAGCAGACUGUUGUGCCCCCAUCAACUCAGCAUGAAGACAUCAAGUUGUAUGAUAUGGCAGAUGUUUGGGUCAAGAUACAAGAUGUCCUGCAGAUGCUGCUGACUGAGUAUUUGGAUAUGAAGAACACUCGAACAGCUUCUGAACCAUCAGCUCAGCUUAGUUAUGCCAGCACAGGACGGGAAUUUGCAGCUUUUUUUGCCAAAAAGAAACCUCAACGGCCCAAAAACUCCCUGUUUAAGUUUGAGUCAUCCUCCCAUGCUAUCAGCAUGAGCGCCUAUUUGCGUGAGCAGAGAAGGGAGCUGUACAGCCGCAGCGGAGAACUUCAGGGAGGACCUGAUGACAACUUAAUUGAAGGUGGAGGAACAAAAUUUGUCUGCAAACCUGGAGCCCGAAACAUAACUGUCAUAUUCCAUCCAUUACUCAGGUUUAUUCAAGAGAUUGAGCAUGCCCUGGGACUUGGCCCAGCCAAACAGUGUCCUCUUCGAGAGUUUCUCACCAUGUAUAUCAAAAACAUAUUCCUCAACCAGGUCUUGACUGAAAUCAACAAAGAGAUUGAAGGAGUCACCAAAACUUCUGACCCUUUAAAGAUCCUGGCUAAUGCAGAUACCAUGAAGGUGCUGGGAGUACAGCGGCCUCUCCUACAGAGCACAAUAAUUGUGGAGAAGACUGUGCAAGAUCUCAUGAACCUGAUGCAUGACCUGAGUGCAUACUCCGAUCAGUUCCUCAACAUGGUGUGUGUUAAGCUCCAGGAAUACAAGGACACCUGCACAGUUGCCUACAGGAGUAUUGCCCAAUCAGAGGAGAAACUGGUAAUCAGUGCAUCCUGGGCAAAAGAUGAUGAUAUCAGCAGACUUUUAAAAUCUCUGCCAAACUGGACUAAUAUGGCUCAACCCAAACAGCUGAGACCUAAGAGAGAAGAGGAAGAAGACUUCAUAAGGGCAGCCUUUGGAAAGGAGUCUGAAGUUCUCAUUGGGAACCUGGGUGAUAAAUUAAUCCCACAACAAGAGAUCCUACGUGAUGUCAGUGACCUGAAGGCUUUGGCCAACAUGCAUGAAAGCUUGGAAUGGUUGGCAGGACGAACAAAGUCAGCUUUCUCCAAUCUUUCAGCAUCUCAAAUGCCCUCCCCUGGUCAAGAUAACCACAUGAGCAUGGAUCUCCCUCCAGGGUCGGAACAGAUCAUGCAGACUCUCAGUGAACUGGCCAAGUCUUUCCAGGACAUGGCUGACCGCUGCCUGCUGGUUCUGCAUUUGGAAGUCAGAGUUCACUGUUUUCACUAUCUCAUCCCUCUGGCAAAGCAAGGGAAUUAUGCCAUUGUUGCUAAUGUGGAAAGUAUGGAUUAUGACCCUCUGGUGGUGCGACUUAAUAAAGACAUAAGUGGCAUUGAAGAGGCCAUGAGUGCCAGUCUCCAGCAGCACAAGUUCCAGUAUAUCUUUGAAGGUUUGGGCCAUUUGAUUUCCUGCAUCUUGAUCAAUGGUGCCCAGUACUUCAGGCGUAUCAGUGAGUCCGGCAUCAAGAAAAUGUGUAGGAACAUCUUUGUGCUUCAGCAGAACUUGACCAACAUCACCAUGUCGCGAGAGGCAGACCUGGACUUUGCAAGGCAGUACUAUGAGAUGCUGUACAACACAGCUGAUGAGCUCCUGAACCUGGUGGUCGACCAAGGGGUCAAGUACACAGAGCUGGAGUACAUCCAUGCCUUAAAUUUGCUGCACCGAAGUCAAACUGGGGUCGGGGACCAGACCACUCAGAACAUGAGGCUGCAGCGCCUCAAAGAGAUCAUCUGUGAGCAGGCCGCCAUCAAACAAGCCACCAAGGACAAGAAAAUAACCACCGUGUAAUAAACACCACUGUAGUACAGGAGGGGCUGUGCCCGCCACAAGCUCCUCCCGCCAUAAUGGCCAGUGGCCACUACAUGUACCCCCACUUUUGUUUUAGUAUCCUUCUUUGCUGUGUUAUCUGAUCAAUUCUGCCCUGAGGAAUCCCUACUCAUAUUCCUAGUGGAAGGAAGGGCUUUAUUUUUUUUUUCUUUUAAUACCAAUGAAAUAACUAAGAAAAGGAUUCAGAGCGGGAGUAGAGAUUGUGCCAAAUGGUUGGGAUGUGAGUAGGGAAGGAAGACCACCCAAUUCUUGUUCCCUCCUCAGCAUAAAAACACUGACCUUUGAGAAGAGAGUUUCAUUGAUCCAAAAGACGUUAGAAGGGUUGUAUUUCGUAGACAAAAAGGUUCUUACUCCCUUUAUGCUAUUAAUUUUUAGUACAAUGAAUUAUCUAGCUCUACAUUCGCACUCUUUGCCUUUCUCUUGCCAAGGCCUACCGAGGCAGUUAAUUGAGUAGUCAAGGCAGACCGUGGUCAGUCUUGGGGCAAGGAGGUAUGACCAGAAUAGGAGGCCUUCCCUCCACCAUCAUCGGAGGCUGGAUCCCUUGUUCCUAUUCUGCCUCACCCAGGGCAGUGUUACUGUGGAGUGUUUUGUUAGCUCUGUUGUCUUUGUCUCUGCUUUAUCUGAACCAAGAGCCAUCACAACGAAUGAUAAGGAGUACAACCAAAUGUGGAAGCGGGGAUUUUUUUUCUCCCCAUUUUCCAAGAGGAAAUGUUCCUUAAAGGACAUAAGGACUGGUCUAUUACCAACAAGUGAAAUGGAGCUGAAAUACUGCCUUACUCACCGAGUCAGUCCCAGUAGCCUCCUCAGAUUCACACGCACACACGGGCACAAAGACUUAGGACAUUAAUACUCAUCUUGGCUUCCAAGUCCAGCCUAUUCUCAAAUUGACUUGUGUUGCUACUCACCUUUCCUCUAGCACAGCUUGCCCCUAAUCCCACUCACCCACCACACUCUCGAGUGUUGUUGGUCCUCAAUAUGUAAACAUCAUUGAAACCUUAGAAAGACAAUGCACCGGGCACUGUCUGUGGUCCAUCUUAUCUGUCGAGGUGGAAGGAGGGAGAGCCACCACACCACAUGAUGCCCCUGUCACUGAUGGUCUUGAUUUUCGCACACUGCUUGUAUGACUUUGGGCUUUGGGGAAAAUGGAAAAUUAAAGGACGUUUUGAGAAUCCUUCA